GUGCUUCCGGAAAAGCGGAUGAGUCUGCAAGGAGUCUCUUGUCGUUUUGGUUAAUUAAAGCAGCAGCAACAACAACAACAACAACAACCACAACAACAGCAACAAAAUGCUGGACUGGUGCUAUUGUUUUGUAUCGCGAUAAAUUCUUCGUACUCCCAACUUCUCACUUUGGACUCAAGUUAGAAUCCCUCACCAGAAGUACCAACAUAGAUUGCUGUGAAUGUAAAAGAAAUUGAAAGCAGCGAAGACCCUCGCGGUUUGAUUGUGAAAAGCUUCCUCGGAAGUGUUAGUGUCUCCAGCACGGCUAACUCGGCCGGCCAGUGUCCCCCAUUCAUUCCGUUUGCCUCGCAUCCCUCCCAGGCAGCCGCGGCCUGCCCUCCCCUCCCGCUUCAGUCCGUCUGGAAAGAUGGCUGCUCCGGCGCUGCUCAGGAGCUCCGAGCCGGCGUUGUGCCCGAGCUUCGCGGAGGUCUGCUCGUUCCUGGAGCGCUACGGGGCCGUCCUCGACUUGCCCGAGAUGACGUUCCCGCAGAUGGAGGGCUACCUGCGCGACAAGGCGUCAGUUCCUAAACCUCUCAUAGAACUCCACGUGAAGCUCCUCCGAAAGCUCGGCAAGACGGUGACGACGGAGCGCUGGGAAAAAUACUUGGCCAAGAUGUGCCAGGAGCUGAACAGCGCUUGGGCGUGGGAGCUGGAACAGAACGGCUACCGGGACAUGUCCAUGGAGUGCAAGUCCAGCAUCCUUAAAUAUCUGUGCGAGUGCCAGUUUGAUGACAACCUCAAGUUCAAAACGGUGAUCAACGACGAGGAGCCGGACAAGAUGCGACUGCAGCCCAUCGGGCGGGACAAGCAGGGCCUGAUGUACUGGCUGCAGCUGGACCAGGAGCAGAACAUCCGGCUGUACACGGAGGAGCAGGACGACCUCGACGGCUCCACCUGGAGGUGCAUCGUCAGAACCCGCAACGACCUGGCCGAAGCUCUGGAGCUCCUGAAGGCCCAAGUCUUUCCCGACCUGAACCGGGACCAAGAGCCGAAGCUGGCUGAAUCCGGGAGCAGCAGUCCCGCUGACAGAGAAGCAGUGGACGACGACGGCAAAGUCAACAACACCUCACAGGACGUCGCUGCCGACGUGAAAGUAGAAAAAGAGGAAAAACCCCAAAAGCAAGCCGCAAACGAGAAGCGGGAGGGGAAAGAGGAGACCAGCGAUCGAGCGCCUCUCUUCGACAACCACGUGAGCACCAUCACUUCCGUCAUCAAAUCCGAGUGCAGAGACGUGUCUGUGGUCGCCACGACGACGACCGCGGCGGCUGCCAAGCAGGAAGCGUACAAGGAAGAGGAGGCCGAGCGCGCCGUGGUCAGGAGCAGCCAGCAGGCUAAGAUACCGCUGAAGAAGAGAGAGCUCAAACUGGCCGAAAGCUACCAUGGCAACCACCUCAACAACAACAGCAGCAGCAUCAUCGUGUGCAACCCCUCCGUCAUACAGAGCAAGGACACCUCACUAGCGCCGCCCGGUGGCCAGACCCCAUCACAACAACAGCCGGAGCUGACGAACGGGAGAUCGUCGACGGUGUCGCGUCACGUGGGCGUCAUCCGUGGACCCACGUCCAGCGAAGAGAACGGCUGCAGAUUGGCGGAGGAAGAGAAGGACGCGCAGGGUUCUCACUCAAGUAUGGAAACGACUGUGGAGGUGGGACGCCUGUCGGUGCUGGUGAGGAACGAGCCCGUCGUCGUGGAGGCGCCACGCGUCGACCGGGGUCCGAAGACCAGUGGUGACAAAGAAGGCGAUGAAAGUGUCCUUCAGGGAGACGAAGCCGACUUGGGAACACGAGAACUUCACGCGCUUGAAGAAGGAAGCAAAGACGAACAACAGAAGGACUCGAGUACUUUAAAAAAAGCAGAGCAGACAAAAGAGGAGGAGAAACAAGAGGGAAAGGAGGAGAAGGAAGAGGAAGGCGUCAACGGCGGUCCAGCGGAUCAGUCGAACGAGAAGGGUGUCGGGGAGAAGCCGCGACCGCGACAGGAGGCCUCGUCGGAGCUCCAGAAGGAAGGGAUCCGCUUGAAGAUCAAGAUCCCGCCUCAUCGCAGGAACAAGCUGAAGGCCAGGGAGCAGCAGAAGGACGCCGCGGAGGGAGGGAGGUCCCUCAGGAGGUCGGCCAGGAUCUGCAGGCCAAGCUCCAAGGCGGCUGAGAGCCCGAAAAAAACGAAAGACCAGCGAAAGCAGACAAGGGAAGAAGAGGAGGAAGAUGAAGAUGAAGACGACGAAGAGCUGAGUGUCGCUGCCAAAAAAGACGGAAAAGCACGAGCUGUCGUCCAGAUGAAGAAGCGCAGGGGUAAGCGGAGACACCGGCGCCCCCGCUGGUCCAACAUCCGCACCAAGCGCCGCAAACCCAACGAAGAAGACGUGGAAGCGGCGGACAAAGCCGGAGGAGGCCAGGAGGCCAGCGACGGCGGAAGCCGCUCGGACGACUCGUGCCAGUCCGAGGACCUUCCCAAGGAGGACGCCUGCACUCGCUGCGGCCUCCCCAACCACCCGGAACUGAUCCUGUUGUGCGACUCGUGCGACAGCGGAUAUCACACGGCCUGUCUCCGACCGCCGCUCAUGCUCAUCCCGGACGGCGAGUGGUUCUGCCCGCCCUGCCAGCACAAGCUGCUGUGUGAAAGGCUGGAGGAGCAGCUGCUGAACCUGGACAGCGCUCUGAAGAAGCGAGAGCGUGCCGAGAGGAGGCGGGAGCGGCUCGUGUAUGUGGGGAUCAGCGUGGAGAACAUCAUCCCCGGAGACGAGGAAGACGAAAAGAUGGCCAAGAAGAAAGAUGACAAGAAGAGUAAAAAUUUGGGAAGGAGGUCCACCAGAACCAGGAAGCACAUCAGCUACAGAUUUGACGACUUUGACGACGCCAUCGACGAGGCCAUCGAGGAGGACGUCGGCGACGUAAACACAGGGGGAGGCAUACAGACGGCCGCGUUGUCCGAGCACGCCGCGGCGAGCCGCCGCCGUCCGAUGACGCUCGCCACCCAGAAUAGGAAGCGGCGGCGGCUGAACGACUUGGAGAGCGACAGCACGGCGGCGGAGAGCGAGGACGACUUCACGCUCAGCAACAGUUCUGAGGAGGAAGAAUUCGGAGGCUCGGGGGCCGACGACGAAGAAGACGAGGACGGGGGCAGCUGGGACGGCGAGGCGCGCCCCAAACGGGCGGCGAAAGCUGCGCCCAAACACAAAGCAGGCAGGACCAAACAUAAAGUCGGCAGGCCGCCGGGACGGCGACGGAGACGCUCCUCUGAGGAAGAGGAGGAGGGCAGUGACGAAGACUCGGAUCAGUACAGUGACGUGUCGGAUAAAAAGCGCGGCGGGCUAAGACGGGGCCAGCGGCAGCAGGUCAACUACCGGGAGACUUCGGAGUCAUCGGACAAUUCGCGCUCGUCCGCCAAAAAGAAAGAAGUGAGACCGCGAGGGCGGCCCCGCAAGGAACGCCUCUCCAGCGACUACAGCGACGCGUCGCCUUCCUCGCGAGACUCUGAAGAGGAGGACGAAGACGGAGGCGGUCGCAGGAAGAGGAAGCGAGAGAAGCUUCGCCGACUAAGAGAAGACGAAGACAUCUGCGCUCGCCUCGCCGAAGCCAAGGGGAGGCGACGUGACCGAGAUGAGGAAGAAGAGCGGGAGGGAGAAGACGGCCAGGCGAGAGGGAAACCACGUCGACGGAAACCUUCGGAAGACGACGAGGACGGGGACGAAAGGAGGAAAGUCCGCCGGACGGGUAGAGAGGACGACGACCCGGAGAAGAUGGGCAGAGGGAAGAGGCGGGAGAUGUUGUCCCAGCAGCGCCGCAAGCGCCUGGCUCAGAUGCUGAAGAAGCGAAGACCUUCCACGGACGAAGACGAGGACCGGACCCCAGAGUCGGAGUCCUCCUCCGAGGAGGACCGACCCGUCCGCAAGAGACUCAACCGCAUCGACUCGGACGACGAGGAGCAGGAUGAGGAAGACGAGGAGGCGAAAGACGACAGCGACGGCGGUGGCGAGGGGCUAGGAGGACAAAGGGGGCGCGCCGACUCCGGGGCGGUCGCGCGGGACAAACGCAACGGCCCCUCGCAAACGGAGGAGGAGGAGGAGGAGAACGAGGAGAACGAGGAAGAGGCCCGGUCGGACUCGUUAGACUCUGUCCACGGCAGUGCGUGCUCGUGAUCUGUUCUUCCUUGGUCUGACUUUCGAGACUGCGGGGUCCCAAAGUUUUAGGUCCAGGGGAGACAUUUUUCCAAGGAACCCACCCCACCCCACCCCAAACCCCCAUAAUCACAACGCCAAUUCAACAUCAUGACCCCAAAUUGCCAGAGGAUUUUUAAAAAAGUUGUAAAUUUACAAUAACAAAUUCAUAUUUUUAGAAAAAAAAAAAAAGUGGUAAUGUUAUGAGAAUAAUGUCGUUUUUUUUAAGGGGAAAAAGUCCAUCUUUACAGGAACAAAGAUGUAUUCGGAUUUGAUAAAAAGUGGUCAUCUUACGAGAAUUAAGUCUUAUUUGUCCGAGAUGAAGUCAGAAUCUUCAUUCCAAUGUCAAGGUUCAUCAAAGCGGCGAUUCAAAUCAAGAAAGGAAAUUCAGUGUCCAAUUCCGAAAAAAACAACUUACAACAUAUUUUGAUUUUGUUUUUUUUAUAUUUAUGAUAUGAAAGUGGAAGGAAGAAGAGUGAAUUUAAAAGGUUCACCUUUAUUCUCGUACAUUAUGCCUUUUAUUCUGUAAUAGAAAAAAAAAAAAUAGUACUACUGUACAGCGAAACCCA